CUCUUUGGUUCCUCCCCGUUCGCAGUUAAACGACUACGUGUCCCAGACGUCCCGGCUUUUCCCCUAAACCAAUCAAGGUGCAUGUACAAUAUCACGUGACAAUCCAACCCAGUUCAUGUGUGAGUGACUUUCACCAGUGGGUGAGCUUACGGCGAGUUCGACUGGAGUGGACGAGACGAGACAGCUCCUCGUUGAAGAUUACCAAGAAAAGGAUUUAUUCAGUAGGUGUUUGGACAUGUCUACUCUCACGUUAUGGUGCAUUAUUACUAGUGAUGCGUUCUCCACAUCGCUUUAGAUCCGCUGCACACUGCCACACAGCAGAUACUGUGACUACUGCGAUUCCCUGUGAUAUCAGCCAGUAAGAUGUCCAUGUUCAGCACGGGCAUCCUGGUGCUGACGUCUCCUCUCCACACCCUCCCCUUGCGCAUCGCUCCAGUGCUCAGCUCAGCUGCUGAGCUUGUGGAGCGCACACUGUACGUCCACCUCCACCCCGGGCUGAACUUGGGCAAUGGGAGCCAGCCUCGACCAGUUUUCAUUCCACCGGUAGUGGACCUGUCUACGCUCAUUUCCCGUCUUUACAGCAAUGCAGCGGACAUAUGCGGGCACCUGGAUGUUCGAGUUUUGCUGACCAAUGUUCAUGCUCAAUCAGCCGCACUCCCAAACUGCCCCUUCCCCAUACCACAAUCUCUGGCUCACUCCCCGGAGGUGGUGCUGACAGACUUUCCUCUGCAGGACCCGAGUCAGUCCCAUCAGGUUAUGCAGUCUCUGCAGAGAUACACCGGCCACUGCUACGUCUGCAGCCCCAGCCUGCCCUCCGUGCUGCUUCAUCCACAGCUAAUGAGGCUGCAGCAGAACGAGGAAGAGCUUAAAGAGCCUGAAGAAAAGCCAGAACCCUUGCAAACCUACAGUGACGUGGUGGUAGGGGGGACGUUUGACCGGCUCCAUGGGGCCCACAGGACGCUGCUCAACAUUUCAUGCCUGUUGGCCAAUAGAAGGUUCCUUAUUGGGGUGUGUGACCAUGCAAUGCUGAAAAGGAAAGUGCUGAAGGAGCUGGUCGAGCCUUACUCUCUGCGGGCCCAGAGACUACACGAGUUCCUGCAAGACAUCAAACCCUCACUGCAGGUGGAGAUCGUGCCCCUUGACGACCCCUAUGGAGUUUCUGUGGUUGACCCCUUGCUGCAGUGCAUUGUGGUCAGUGAGGAGACUAAAAAGGGAGGCGAGGCUGUCAACAAGAAACGCAUUGAGAACGGCUUUCCUCCUCUCAUCCUUCACGAGAUCCAGUUGAUUAAAGAUGCCCAUCACACUGAGACAGAGGAGGAGAAGAUCAGCUCCUCCAGUCUACGCUCUCGUCUGCUGGGUACCCUCCUUACCCCGCCAAAAGACACAUCUCAUCUCGCUCCACUUCCAUACGUGAUCGGCCUGACGGGAGGCAGCGGCAGUGGGAAGAGCUCCGUCGCCGGGCAGCUGGAGGCUUUGGGUGCCGUCCGGAUUGACUGCGACAAGCUGGGCCAUGAGGUGUACCAGCCCGGCACUGCAGCCUACCACAGAGUGCUUGAAGAAUUUGGGUCAGAUCUUCUGAACGAAGAUAAAACCAUCAACAGACGUGCAUUAGGAAGAAAGGUUUUUGGAAAGCAGGAGCGGUUAAAAGCACUCACAGAUAUUGUAUGGCCAGAGAUUGCACUUCUGGUGGAGAACAGAAUCAGCCGAGCCAGAGAGGAAGGUAAGCAGGUUUGCGUGUUGGAUGCAGCCGUUCUUCAGGAGGCCGGCUGGACACACAUGGUCCACGAGGUCUGGGUCACAGUCAUCCCUGAGGAGGAGGCGGUGUUAAGGAUAUCGGAGCGAGACGGUUUGACCACAGAGGAUGCCCUGCGUCGUCUGCAGAGCCAGUGGUCCAACAGCAAGCAAGUAGCGCACGCCAACGUAGUGCUCUGCACGCUGUGGGAGCCAGAGGUCACUCGGAAACAGGUACUGAGAGCGUGGAAUCUCCUUCAGAAGAGGAUACAACAGAGACAAGAGGGGCACGUGUUGGUCACUACAUCAUCUCAGCUGUGACCUGUGCAUAGAGGACAUAAAUGACUGAUCCACAGAAGGAAACGCUGCCUUAGAAAGAAGUGAGCGUAGUUUCUGUGCCAGUGCAGCCCAACAAGCUCUCUCACUUCUUUUACCAAGACUCAGUGCCUGGUUGAGUUUCCACAGGUUUUUAAACUAGUUUUACUUUAAGACGAUUAGUUGAAAGACUGGAUGGAGGAAGAACUUCAUAAAUUACCAGACAAAAUUAUUUUUGAAUUUGAAAGCUGGAAUUCAUGUUUGGGAUUAAUUAGGCGUAAUCAAAUCAUAAUAAUUUAAUGUCCAAAGAAUUCAUUUUUAAUGACUGGCAUGACUUUAAAUCCAUACCUUUUGCUUUAAACAUGCCCAACAUUCAGCAGUCCCAGAUUAUUUCGAUACCAAAACUGUCUAAUAUCUGAUGACAUUUUACAAGUUCGGUUCUCUUUGAGUCUUCAAAGUAUAAUUACCAUGAAAGUACCUUUUUUAAAAAGCAACUAAUGGUUAGAGGAAAAGGAAGGUACCACAUUGAAAGAGUAUACUAGUUGUCACUGUUAAAUCCUAUGAUUAAAUGUUGUUCAUCUUUACGGUGUUGGGGGUGGGAGAAUGUUUUAACAAAUUCACUAUCAUUAUCUUAUGAGAAAUUAUUAUUAUUACAAACAUGCUAUAUUUUAUUUAAGAAUGUGCAAUAAAUUAGGCUAUUCUGUAAUAUAGUGGGUGUCACGUUCAAAUACACUGGGCACUGAGAAAGAUUUGACAAUUAAACUGUACAUUGACUAAUAAAGAAAUCAAGCCGACAUAAAAAAGUUUGUAUAUCUUUGAGACGUUAAUCUAUAAAUGAAAUGUGACAUUUAAGUGAAAAUCCAAGAACAAGCUCACUUAUAUUCAUAAAUACCCGUCUGAGCGUCCCUGAAAGACGGAAGGGACAGCAAAGUGGAAAUUAAGAUGACGCUUUUAGCUCAAAUUCCAUGUCCGAUCCCACAACUAAAUAAACUAAUAUUUACAUAAUGAGAAUAAAACACUUCAUAUACCUGGUUGUCCAAUAAAGUGACAGUUGGUGAGCACUUGAGUGUUUGAUGUCAUUGGCACGUCAUCUGGAAAUUCAGUGGAAGAGUUAAAUCAAAAUGACGUAACGUUCAAUUAAAUGUUGAAUGAGUGAUUAUUAAAUUUUUUAAGUCUGGCACAAGAAAAGAUCCCUUUUCACCAACUUUUUUUAAUUCAGACUUUAAUUGUGAUGCCUUUAAACAUUUACAUAUAAACAUUCAAAUGUACAAUUGUGAAUGGUUGCUUCUGUGCAACUAAACUACACAUUGAGAGAAGACGACUUGGUAAGUGCACUAACGGCUGGGGAAACUCUGGGCUCUGGGUAUGCGAGUCCAAACCUGGUUAUCCAUCCCCGUGAUGGUAGAAGACGCAUCCUUUUUGCCUUGAAAUUAUGUGGAAGCAGCCUUUUACUGUGGUGGUGAAGAAAGGUCCAUCUGUCGAAGUCAAGACUCCUUCCAAAAGGGUUUUUUUUCCCCCCACAAUCACAGCUCCACUUUCAGUUUGGCAGAGCACAUUCCUUCCCCUAGCUUGUUGCUGGCCCUGCACACAUACACCCCAGAGUCAGACAGCUCCAGAUCAGCCACAACCAGAGAGCAGAGCCCGUCUUCAUGUUGCUCCGUUGUCACUCUGCGUGAUCCAGACACCGGCUUCUCAUUCUGAAGCCACUUCACCUCCGGCUGCGGGUAACCUGGGAUUGAGACAAUAUUUCAGAAUCGGGAGCAUAAAAUAAUACAGGACAUUAUAUAAUCAAAAAUACCAACAUGAAUGGUGUGCAUGUAUUAUAGUUGGUCUUGGUAUACAACAAACGGUGUUCAAUAUUCACAGAGCCUAUUAAAAGUUGCUUUUCAAGAUGUUGAUGAUUUUUAAUUUAAGUUGAGGAGUAUGUAAAUUAAGGUCUCAUUCUAUUAUACUUGUAUGCAAUAGCAAAUAUAAAGUUUUUCCAAAUAAAGAAAUUAUGUUGCAAGUGAAAAAUGUUGUGGUCUUGAAAAUAAAUUAUAUUCUUUACUUGG